AUGUGGCUGAUAGCUAGUUGGUUUUCAUACACCCCGUUUGUAUGCAGCCUAGACUACUAUGGUCUGUCAAUGAAUGCAGCCCUUCUAGGUGGGGACCUGUUCCUCAAUUUUGCCCUCAUCUCAGCCAUUGAAAUCCCUGCCUACUCUCUAGCAUGGUUGGUUAAUAAAGUUUGCACAAUGGAUGCAAAACGAGACACCAUCCUGGAGCUCCACAAGGCCAGAAAGAGUAACUGGGAGAUUCUCAAGGCCCUCAAGAACUGCAACAUCAACAAGGUAUUCAUCUGGAGAGAGGUGAGGCAAUUCAAGGAGACUGGAAUGACAAAAGUUGGUCGAAAGUGGUCCUUGUGCAUAAGCUUCCUUGUUGGUGGUGGUGCUGUCUUACCGAUUGGGUUCAUCUCGAAAGAUGUGAGGGGAGUGCACUUGGCACUAAACCUAGUGGGGAAAUUGGGGGUGACGUCAGCAUUCGGAAUCGUUUACUUGUACACGGCAGAGCUGAUGCCGACCCCUAUUCGGAGUGCUACCUUGGGUCUUUGUGCCAUGGCCUCCCGGAUCGGUGCCAUCAUUGCACCCUUCCUCAUCCAAAUGAGCAGGCAGUGGGAACCCCUCCCAAUGGUGGUGUUUGGCGGAUGUAGCAUCCUGUCGGGGAUCCUUGGUCUUUCUCUCCCUGAAACUCAGGGAAGACCCCUUCCCCAGACCCUCCACGAUGCUGAGCAUCUCCAAUCGGUGGAACCAAUUCGGCAUGAGAUCGCAGGUGAAACAAGGCCAUUGUUAGCCGACCAGGAUGACUGAACACAAAUCGGUGUAUACACAGUCAUUAUUAUUCCAUUUUUUACCUUGAUUCUGUCAGGUUACAGAACAUUGUAGUUUUCCAUGUUCAUCACUUGGAGAUUGAGUUUCUCAAGUGGUUGUUGUAAUGCCUCUGCCUCUGAAGGCUAAAAUGACUCUCCUUCCCUCUCCACCAAUACUGUCAUAUACUGUAUUCACAAACAAGUCAUUGAAAACCUCACCCUUGAGAACUUGUCAUACGUGCGUCUAGGAUUUUCCUUCUACGUUCAGAAAGUGGAAAAUCCUUGGGAGGGGGGGGGAGUCUACGGAGCCAGUGCUUCCUGUAAAUAAUACCCUUCGCUAUCCAAGCCUACUGGGGGCAGUUGAACUACCGGGAUGACUCCAAUGUUGACCACAUGAUGAUGUUUCUUCUUCAGUAUAAGUAAAUAUUUUUGGGGGUUUUAAGUCUGAAAGAUCCAACUGGAAGUGAACGAUGAUGUCGUCUCAUGUCGUUUUUGAGGGAAAACGUUUUACCUGUGACAAAUGCAUCUGUGAUCGCUAUUCGAUGUCCUUUGGUUCUGAAAAAGGUGGAGUCACCCAAAAUGAUAUAACCAAAUAACAAUGGAAGCAUGUAGAGUAACGCGUCAAAAUGGAUAAUGCCCUGGGACACUGGUUAAGCUCGUGUGAAAUAAUUCACUUUAUGUUCUAAUAAUUCAUUUUCUGCCGAAUGGAGGCUAAGCAUAUUCAGUGGAUACACCUUUUGAUUUUUCAUUGUUCUCUCAUUCCCUUGCGUGAAGUUCUCGCAGAGAAGGAAAUACUUUUGCAGUAAUCUCUACUCUGCGGUCGAGUGAUAGUGGACAGGUAGGAAUUGUGAUAUCAUCCUGACCGUCCUCGUCUCACGCUUUCUGUGCCCCUUCGGUAUGUCGGUCACGUCCAUUUCCUUUCGUAUUUUCCCGAUGUGCGAAUUGGGAUAGUGGGAAUCAAAGAAGGACCUGCGUGUUAGUAACGAUCAUCGUCGCGUGUACGCGUUCCCCGAACCUCAGAGAUCGCCUAGGGAACACCAUUGGUGAGUGUCCAGCCUAAAGAAACGAGAGAUUUAUUGAGGUGCUGUCGGGGAAACGUCAAUGAAAAUGUUGACUAUAGGGAUUGUGCAGCUAUAAUCACAUCGAGCACCCGGGAGGGGGAAGGGGAUCGUGUCGCUCUCUGGCGAUUGCUGUCGUACGAAAGGGGAAAGAAGUUUCCCCUCAGUAAGUGAAUCUUACCUAUUGCGCCUUGACCAAUGCAUCCGUGCAAUUCUUGCUUCAACCUCCUGCUCGACAUGCUUCCACCUUUAUUUGGACAUCAUGUCAUUCUGGGAGUCUCUUCUUAUGUACAAGUCAGCAUUAUUUUUUUUUUGGCCGUUGAAUAUAUGUUUCUGCCUUUGGGAAGUCCA